AUGAUUUCCUCUGACCUUAAAAUAGGCGGCGCUAUCGCCGCCACAAGCAACGACAGAACCGCAACAGCAGGCUACGAAUCUGGUGCACUGGGGAUCAAAAGUUUGCUUUCCGAACUACCAAAUAUCUUCAAUGUCGCCAACAUCGCCGCUGCCCAGGCAAACAACGUCAACAGCGGCGAUAUCACCGCAUCCCUCCUCUUAAACCUCACCCACAAACUCCAGGUCGAACUCUGCGAUAAUUCCACCAUGUUUGGAGCCGUGAUCACCCACAGCACCGACACCCUCGAAGAGUCUGCUUCUUCAUAG